AUGUAAUUAAGCCCCAAGAGCAGACCCACAUAUCUUGUAUCCAGAUACGACUGACAGAUACUUUCCAAAGUAUAUAUAAGACAGGCAACUGAAAGCUCUCAGACCCUUUGAGUAACGGCUCGUGUGGAUCUAGUGGACUGCGUGGAGUUUAUUGAGAUUACGAAGCGACCUGCUUUUCAUCAUCAUUUUUAUCAUUUUUUUCUUUUUAUAUCGAAUGUUAUAUUUAUUUGCAGAACAUAUGUGUUUAUUUUCCUUUUUGCUUCUUAGAGAAUAGUUUUGCCUUUAUAGUGGGAUUACACAUUUAACAGGAGAUAUGAUACUCAGGAGAAUUCCUUUCUUGCUGCCCAUGCUGUUGCUAUGCACCACAGCACUACCUCAAGAAGGCCAGGUGGAAGACGAGUCCAGUUUCGACCUGUUUGAGAUCAGCCACAUCACCAGAAAGACAAUUGGCGCCAAGCUAUUCAAGGGUCAUGACUGGGAUUCUCCAGCGUACCGCUUUAUCCGUUUCGACCAUAUUCCACCAGUCAGUGCCCCAGUGCUUCAGCAGCUCCUAAAGCAGAUCGAGAACAACGAGGGUUUUGUGUUUGUGGCCUCCAUACGCCAGGACCGGGGUUCCCGUGGCACCCUAAUGGGCCUGGAGGGUCCCGAUGGCCGCCGCCAGUUUGAGAUAAUGUCCAAUGGACGUGCCAAUACUCUGGACUUGGUCUACUGGAUGGAGGGCUCUCAGAACGUGGUGUCCUUCGAGGAUGUGGAUCUAGCAGACUCACAGUGGAAGAACAUCACACUGCAUGUUCAUGGGGAAAACGCAAACCUCUACGUGGGCUGCAGCCUCAUAGACAGCUUCAUCCUGGAAGAACCUUUCUAUGAGCACUUGCAGGCAGAGGGCAGCAAAAUGUAUGUGGCCAAGGGAUCUAUCAGGGAGAAUCACUUCAGGGGUUUGCUGCAGAAUGUUCGUUUAAUCUUUGAUUCAUCAGUGGAAGAUGUUCUGAGAAACAAGGGCUGUGAGGCUGCCAAACCUGAGGAAGUAAACGUCGUUAGUGAGAGUGCGGAGAUUGUGGAUGUCAGUCCAGCCAUAUCCACAAACUUCAUUGGUCAAAAGAUGGAGAAGGCAGUGUCGGACACAUGCGAGCACUCCUGUGAGGAGCUCAGCUCCAUGUUCCAGGAGCUCAGGGGUCUCCGCAUUGUGGUGGGCAACCUCAUGGAUGGAUUGCAGAAAGUAACUGAGGAAAAUCUAGUAAUGAAGGAAGCUCUGGGAAACAUGAAAAACAUCAAAGAUAAGCACAUGUGCUGGCAAGAUGGCCGCCUCUUCGAGGAUAAGGAGGACUGGGUGGUGGAUAGCUGCACCAAGUGUACCUGCCAGGAGUCAAAGAUUGUGUGUCAUCAGAUUACUUGUCCUCCUGUGGCCUGUGCCAGUCCGAUGUUCCUAGAUGGAGAGUGCUGUCCUGUGUGCUUGCCUAAAGACAGUGAGGAUGGUUGGUCGCCUUGGUCUGAGUGGACGGAGUGCACAGUCACAUGUGGGACCGGCACUCAGCAAAGAGGCAGGUCAUGUGAUGCCACCAGUAACCCCUGCAGCGGCCCAUCUAUCCAGACCCGCAGGUGCAGUCUGGCCAAAUGUGACAGCCGAGUUCGUCAGGAUGGUGGCUGGAGUCUGUGGUCUCCUUGGUCCUCCUGUUCACUGACAUGUGGAGAAGGACAGAUUACCAGAAUCCGCCACUGUAACUCCCCUGUGCCCCAGCUUGGAGGAAAAGACUGUGAAGGCAGCGGCAGAGAGACACAGCACUGUGAAGCCAAGCCCUGCCCAAUUGAUGGAGGCUGGGGCCCAUGGUCUCCCUGGGCAAUAUGCUCUGCCACCUGUGGCGGGGGAGUGCGGGGUCGGACCAGAGUCUGUAACAGCCCUCAGCCUCAGCACGGUGGCAAAAGGUGCUCUGGAGAAGCCAAGGACAGCGAGGCCUGCAACAAGCAGGACUGCCCCAUGGAUGGCUGUCUGUCCAAUCCCUGUUUUGGAGGGGUGGACUGCACCAGUGCACCGGACGGCUCAUGGGAAUGUGGUCCCUGCCCUGUUGGUUUCCGUGGCAAUGGAACUAUUUGUGAGGAUGUCAAUGAGUGUGAUUUGGUGCCUGAUCUGUGCUUCAAAGUGGGCGGGCGCCACCGCUGCAUGAACACUGACCCUGGGUUCCACUGCCUUCCCUGUCCUCCUCGCUACAAAGGCAACCAGCCCUUUGGCAUGGGAGUAGAAGCCGCCAAGAACAACAAACAGGUGUGCGAACCAGAAAACCCUUGCAAGGACAAAACCCAUAACUGCCACAGGUUUGCUGAGUGCAUCUACCUCGGCCACUUCAGUGACCCCAUGUAUAAAUGUGAGUGUAAGAUUGGCUAUGCUGGCGAUGGCUUCAUCUGUGGAGAAGACUCCGAUCUGGAUGGUUGGCCCAACCAGAACUUGGUGUGUAGAGCCAAUGCCACCUACCACUGCAAGAAGGACAACUGCCCCAACCUACCUAACUCUGGUCAGGAGGACUUUGACAAGGAUGGUCAAGGAGACGCCUGUGACAAGGAUGAUGACAACGAUGGAAUAAUUGAUGAGAGAGACAACUGCCCACUGCUUUUUAACCCAAGGCAGUUUGAUUAUGAUAAAGAUGAUGUAGGUGAUCGCUGUGAUAAUUGCCCAUAUGAACACAAUCCAGCUCAGAUUGAUACGGAUAACAAUGGGGAAGGAGAUGCCUGCUCUGUGGAUAUUGAUGGAGAUGGGGUCCUAAAUGAACAUGACAACUGCCCGUAUGUGUACAACAAUGACCAGAAGGACACUGACAUGGAUGGAGUAGGAGACCAGUGUGAUAACUGCCCUCUGCUUCAUAAUCCUGAUCAGACAGACACAGAUAAUGACCUGGUUGGAGAUCAGUGUGACAACAAUCAGGACAUUGAUGAGGACGGCCAUCAGAACAACCUGGACAACUGCCCUUACAUUCCUAAUGCCAACCAGGCCGAUCACGACAAGGAUGGGAAAGGAGAUGUUUGUGACUCUGACGAUGAUAAUGAUGGAAUUCCUGAUGACAAAGACAACUGCAGACUGGUGCCGAACAAAGACCAAGUAGACUCAGACGGCGACGGUCGAGGUGACGCCUGCAAAGAUGAUUUCGACAAUGAUAGCAUCCCAGACAUCUUGGAUGUGUGCCCAGAGAACAAUGCCAUUAGUAUAACUGACUUCAGAAAAUUCCAGAUGGUGCAUUUGGAUCCCAAGGGGACCACACAAAUUGAUCCCAACUGGGUAGUCAGGCAUCAGGGCAAAGAGUUAGUUCAGACUGCUAACUCUGACCCUGGCAUUGCAGUAGGCUUUGACGAGUUUAACGCUGUGGACUUCAGUGGCACCUUCUAUGUAAAUACUGACCGAGAUGACGAUUACGCUGGUUUUGUGUUUGGCUACCAGUCAAGUGGGCGCUUUUAUGUGGUGAUGUGGAAGCAGAUCACUCAAACAUACUGGGAAGAGAAGCCUUCCAAGGCCUUUGGGAUCUCAGGGGUCUCCUUGAAAGUGGUCAACUCCACCACAGGCACUGGUGAGAGCCUACGCAAUGCCCUCUGGCACACAGGAAACACUCCUGGUCAGGUUCGCACUCUGUGGCAUGACCCUAAGAAUAUUGGCUGGAAGGACUACACUGCGUACAGGUGGCAUCUUAUUCACAGACCCAAAACUGGGUUCAUAAGAGUGGUUGUGUAUGAGGGAAAACAGAUCAUGGCAGACUCAGGGCCAAUCUAUGACAAGACAUUCGCAGGUGGACGAUUAGGGUUGUUUGUCUUUUCACAGGAACUGGUGUUCUUCUCUGACCUUAAAUAUGAAUGUCGAGAUGGCCUGGAGUUUCCCACUAUGUUUAUGAGAUAACUGAACAAGAUAAGGCAUGGGGCAUAUAAGGGACUGUCACACAAAGAAACACACUUUUCCUGCUUACCAACCAAUUUUGACUAUAGUAAUCUGGGACACCCAUCAACUAGAUGGAACCUCUACCGUUUCCGUUAUGUGCAUGGAAGUGAUGGAAAAAGGCAGGUUAUGACCCACAGUGAAGCAAAAAUUUACUUAUAUGGUUUGUUUGUACAACCACUUUAUUCAUUCUUCAAAAAAGUAAACACAGUUUGAAAGUAAUAUUCAGUAGAUCCUCCUUUUAAGGGUAAAAGUUAUGGAGCCGAAGAAGGAGUGCUGUAUUUCCUUUGUCCAUUUUUACGUUACCAAAAUAAUUCAUUUAUGUUAUAUUUACUGAACUAUUCAUCACCAAACUGUUUUACUUGCACAAUGCUUUUUAUUUUAUUUUUUGUUGUUGUUUUCUGUUUCAUUGUUAGGCUUUUUUGUGAUCAGUUGGACUUUUUAUUCAUUUAUUUCUUUACUUUUUACAGCACCCAUAUUCUAACAAGGGGCUAUUUUUAUCAAAACAUUUUGGAAUGAAGAUGUUUAUAUUAAGACUGUAUUAUAAUUUCUUUUGUAAAUUAUUUGUGACUCUUACAAGACAGUUGGUUUACAUCUAGAUUUUUGCUUGCAGUAGAUUGAGAUUGUAAAUAAUUAUUUAUUUGUUUUCACUGACUAAAAUUGACUUGAAAAAUAUGAAAAUGCUUAAAUGGCAAUUGUUUUUUUUCUGACAGUGAAUUAUAUUGUCUACAUGUAAAACUGUUUCAUUCUUCAAACAGUUUUACAUGUAGACAAUAUUAUUCAAUACUUGAUCCCUGUGUUCUCUAAAAUGUGAGGUAAAAUAUGAUUGAGUUUUUAAGUGCCUUAAUAUUAUAGAACACCGCAUCCAUUUGUUAAAUAAUAAUUUUUUACAGUUCUCAAUUUUGAAACUCUAAAUCCUGGUUUGUCAUAUUUUUGUUUUUUAAAUCGGUAAGCCAGGUAGCAAUGUCCCUGGUUUAUUUCUGAUUAAGUAGUAUGUUACAAAAUGUAUAUUGGCUUUGGUUUCUAACAUGCUUGUUCAUUAAUAUCAAAAUCCUGUAAAGUCUUGCCAAAGUUUGUAUUUUUUUUAAAUAGUUCACUAUAUUCAUUCUUUUAUUCCAUUAAUAAAGAUUUAUAUACAAUUUUA